AUGGAGCGUAAUGUGGAGGCCUCUAUUGAAAAAACAAACGGCACUAACGAAAAGAAGAUUGGGACGUUGAGACUGUUUGGGAUUAUGUUUGCUUGUAUUGUUGGAGGGGCUUACGGAGCUGAACCACUCAUUAGUGCGGCUGGUCCACUUGUUGGGCUGGGUGUGAUCAUAUUGGGCUCUCUUGUUAUUAUGUUGCCACUUUGUCUUGUUACAGCGGAACUUUCAACAACUCUCCCUUGUGAAGGAGCGUGCGUGACGUGGUCCGUCGACUCUUUUCGCCCACUUGAAGGCUUCUUUACUCCGUUUAUUAUCCUUAUUUCAAUAUCCGACUCAUUCAUUGAUAAUGCAGUAUACCCAGCUUUGUUUGUUGGUUAUUUGGAAGGUCUUGUUGGGAUGGACGCAAUAUGGAGUUACGUCAUCAAAAUUGUUGUAGUGUUUGUAUCAACUGUUGUGAAUAUAAUUGGUGUUAAAACACUUGGAACGGUAUCAUUGGUCAUUUCUAUUUUUACCACACUUCCGUUUUGUGUAUUUUGUGUGGCAUCAUUUCCAUCAUUCUCUGUUGAUUCAGUCUCCCGGUUAUUGGAAUCACUCCCUGCAAACAAAGUGAAUUACUCUGUUUUGUUUUCAGUGUUGUUCUGGUUGAUCAAUGGAGUGGAUGCAGCGGGUAACAUCUCUUCUGCUGCAAAACCACACUCUUUUCCAAGAGCUUUAACGUUGUUGAGCAUUUCAGCGAGUCUGUCAUAUGUUAUACCACUUGCCUGUGGAGUCUUGGUUGAUCCAAAUUGGGCGCAAUGGGAGGAUGGUUCUUUUGUGACAAUUUCGAGGUUGUUUGAAUGGGAAUGGGCGCGUAAGAGUAUCCCAAUUAUGAUGGGUGUAGGUGGUGUAAUGUCUUCAUUUGGCACGUUAGUCACGCUUCAUGGAACAACUUCCAGGCUUUUAUUUGGAGCUUCUCAAAUAGAGUCCAAAAACAAAGUCGUCCAAAAGGUGUGUGCCAUCCUUGGACACGAAAAUAAACGGUUUAAAACGCCUGAUCUUGCAAUAAUCGGGAUGGCUCUUGUUUUUGGUUCCUUUUCGUUGGUAAUGGACUUUGAGGAAUUGGUAGGUGUGUCGUCUACGUUAUAUUCGAUUCAAGCGUUGGUGGUCAUCGCCGAGUUUGUUCUUCUCAGAGUGAGGUACCCACACAUUACAAGACCUUACAAAAUGUUCAGUUUACCUGUUGCGUUGUUCUGUCUCACCCCUUUGACGAUGUUCUGCUGUUGUUGCCUUGUUUUUGGAAUGAUGACAGACCUCACAUCUCUGAUUGUUUCAGGCGUUCUUCUCAACGCAAUUUUGCUCCUCUCAUUGUCUUACUUUCUGUUCUCAAAAUCUCGGUUUGUCAGUCAUGUUGUCAUAUCACAGGAAAUUACGACUUUGUAG